UAAAUAGGUCAACAAUCCAAUGGGAGCGUUGCAAUCCCGUCGCCGGAGCGUUUACAAACGAAAAAGAAGAAGAAAUGGAAGGAACGAUCAAGUGCGCCGCCAACUACGUUCCUUUGACACCGAUCAGCUUCCUGGAGCGCUCCGCGAUCGUCUACAGAGACAGACUCUCCGUCGUCUACGGCGAUGUAAGGUACACCUGGGCACAGACCCGUGACAGAUGCGUCAGGCUCGCCUCCGCUCUUGUUCAACUUGGAAUCUCCCGUGGAGACGUGGUUGCUGCAUUGGCCCCAAAUAUUCCAGCAAUGUAUGAACUACAUUUUGGAGUUCCAAUGGCCAGGGCAGUUCUUUGCACAGUUAAUAUACGUCUUGAUUCAGCCUUGGUUGCAGUGCUACUAAGGCAUUCUGAGGCCAAAAUCUUUUUUGUAGACUUCCAAUUUCUCAAAAUUGCACAUGAAGCAUUAGAAAUGCUAUCCAAGACAGGGACCAAAUUCCCUAAGCUAGUCUUAAUCCGUGAAUGUGAUCAGCAAGUUUCCAUCAACAGCAAAACUAUUUCCACAUCUACAAACUAUGGUAGCCUUUUGGGAAUGGGAAAACCAGAUUUUGAGAUCAGAUGGCCAGAAGAUGAAUGGGAACCAAUCUCGCUCAAUUAUACAUCUGGCACAACAUCAAGCCCCAAAGGAGUUGUUUACAGCCAUAGAGGUGCCUAUCUUAAUUCUCUGGCAGAUGUUCUAUUUAAUGAAAUGGGAUCUAUGCCUGUCUAUCUAUGGACUGUUCCCAUGUUUCACUGCAAUGGAUGGUGCAUGACAUGGGCUGUGGCUGCACAAGGGGGAACAAAUGUCUGCUUAAGGAAUGUCACCGCAAAAGGAAUAUUUGGCAGUAUUACUCAGUAUAAGGUGACCCACAUGGGUGGUGCACCAACGGUUCUGAAUAUGAUGAUAAAUGCACCAUCUAGUGACCAAGCACUGGUUCCAUGGAAGGUGCUGGUGAUGACAGGUGGUGCACCACCUCCACCACAGGUUCUUUUUAAGAUGGAAGAACUAGGAUUUAUGGUGAUUCAUGCGUAUGGAUUGACAGAAACCUAUGGCCCUGCAACAGUUUGCACAUGGAAACCUGAAUGGAAUUCUCUUCCUCGAGAGACACAGGCCAAAAUCAAGGCUAGGCAGGGUUUGCACCAUGUUGGCAUGGAGGAAAUUGAUGUUAAAGAUCCUAUUACCAUGAAGAGUGUACCAACAGAUGCAAAAACCAUGGGUGAGGUUAUGUUCAGAGGCAACACUGUCAUGAACGGAUACUUAAAAAAUAUCAGAGAAACAAAAGAUGCUUUUAAAGGUGGGUGGUAUCGAACUGGGGACUUGGGAGUGAGACAUCCUGAUGGUUACAUAGAACUUAGGGACCGCUCAAAGGACAUUAUUAUUUCUGGGGGAGAAAAUGUUAGUUCGAUUGAAGUGGAAUCUGUGCUUUUUAGCCAUCCAGCCGUGCUUGAGGCAGCUGUAGUGGGAAAACCGGAUAAUUACUGGGGGGAGACGCCUUGUGCAUUCGUGAAGUUGAAGGAUGGAUGCAAUGCCAGUGCUGAAGAACUUAUCAAGUAUUGUCGAGACAAUUUGCCUCAUUUUAUGGCUCCACGAGAUGUGAUUUUCCAAGAUUUGCCGAAAACUGCAACAGGAAAGACACAGAAAUUUGCCCUUAGGCAGAAGGCCAAGGCAUUGGGUAGUAUCUCAAGAAAGAGCAAGAGCAAACUCUAACCGCCUAUAUAUAGGAUUGGAUUCUUCAUUGUAGAGUGCAGUAUGUGUCUGUAACUUUGGAUAUUGACUCACGUGUUAUUAAAUUAUCCUCUCAGGAAUCAGGUUUAAGUGAAGCAGAUGACUCUCAAAAAGGGAAAUAAACAAUAUUGUGCUUCGAAAUUGCUUGUAUUCUAGAGUUCAAUGUUCCGUACUGGGUUCGCAAUAAAUGCAUGGAUUGAAUUCUGAAUUGUUCAUGAUAUCCCAUGAACAGAACACGUCAUAACCCAGGUCCAAGCCACCAAGGCUUGUGGUUGGCAGUCAGAAUGUGAGUCUGUCAGGCAAUGAAAUCCAAAGCAAUUAAUUGCAUGGCCAGAACAUUAACGGCAGAACUAAUCCACAACAGGAACUCGAAGCCUCCAUUUCCAAGGUCGUUUCAAUUCUGCAGUCAACCAAGCUUUAAAGAGUAAAAGCAAAUGAUAUAAAAGGUCUUGUGUGGGUGUGCUGCUGCUACAUAUUCAUUCCAUCUAUCAGCUCUGCAAGGACAAGGGAUCCAAUCCAAGAAGGAAAACCUGGUAACGCUCGGAAUUGCCCCUAUCAACUACAGAAACCCAUCUCCAGGCACGUAACACGCAUUCUCCUGUUUGAUUAUUGCUUACGAAUGCUGUUAAUUACUUACUGUUGUAUAUUUUGGUUUGUUUUCAACAUUGAAAUCAGAAAACAAGUCCCAAGUUGUAUGACAAAGUAACAAGGUAAAAGGAUAAGUUAAAAAGAAAAUCUAGGAAUAGAACCAAACUGAUUUGGAAUAAACUAGAACUCGGAGG